AUGGUAUUUGGCAUAUUCACUCGCAAACCACCGAUCCCACCUUCCGUCUCACCAGAGCAGUCGAAGGCAACUACGGACUCGGCUGAGCCCCGUCCAAUCUCAAGCUCACGCCUUCCCACCCCGACACCCUCGACGGUCUCCAUACCCGCAUCGGCACGCCAAUCGCCGCUACGCUUUCCGACGUCGCUUCGGUACUCGGAUGCGGGCACAGGCGAUGGAGGAGAGUCGCCGGCUGCUCAGCCUCCGCUGACACCGUCACCACCACCGCCAAUAGCAGGAGACUCGAAGGCAUUGUACGAUCUUAUGUUGACUAUACCACCAAAGACGCUUCAUGCGUACACACUCGCUCAUCUCCGUGCGCUGUCCCCCGAGCCAUCCAGCUCAACACUAUAUAAUAGUCCGGGUACUGGACCUCCAAUACCCCCGCCGUCGCCGGAGACAGUUACCAAGCUGCAUAAUUUUUUUGCAACGCUCGCUCCACCUCCACUUCUACACUGUGUACGGUGUCAUGCAGAGUUCUAUGCAAUUGAGAAUGAAGAGAAGGACAAAGCGUGUCGAGUACCUCAUGACGACGAGAGCGCGCUGGUUUCGCGUGUAACGGGAGGUGGAUACGAGACGCUGUGGGGAUGCUGUGGAAAGACCGUGGAAGGGAAUGGAGGGGAAGGACCUCCUGAUGGCUGGUGCUAUGAGGGACGACAUACGACAGACACAAAGCGGGCGAGAUUCCGCGCAGAUUCGACAAUCCACGACGAUAAGCUAACGUCUUGUCUGAAACUGAAUUGUCGUGGUAUCAGAGAUACAUUGCCUCGUCCUAGCGAACACCUCGCUCAAUCGUCUUCGACACGAAAGUCGAAUGCAUCCCCUGCACGUUCUCAUGGAGUCGCGUCCGUGACGCGGAAACGACCACGCAAGUCGAUCAACAAGGAUCUGUCAUCUGCAUCAGAGGAUGAACAGGAA